GAACAAGCCCAUGAACUUUUGAUUUGCCAAGGUGGUGUCUUUAGAGGAGCACAAGUGCACUGGUCAGUCGUCGAGAAGGAAUCCUACCCCGUGGUUCGAGCGUGUAUCUCAUUGGAUUACAUCCUGGAGAGAGAAGGAGGGUUCAAAGCUUUCUGUGACCAUUCUAAUUUGAUUCAGAUUUUCUCGCCUUCAGAAGACGUCAAGAAGCACACCCGGGGCAAGUUACUCCGGUGGGCGCUGCGCAUUUGCGAUACACGACUGAGCAUAUCGACGGCGAACGGA